CCCGAGGAUGUCAGAGCUGUGCCCCACUUCAGCUCCGGCUGAGGGGAGGGAAGCCUGGCACGGCUGAGGCCCUGACUAGGAGUCAGGCAUGGGAGCUGACGAGUGGGCAGGUAUGGAGCCGCCUUGGCUGCACCGUGCAGCCUGGGUGGCACCAGCCUACCAGAGACAGGAAAGCCAUCCCUUGGUCCUGGUCUUAGCCAGUGGGAAGGCCUGUCCUCUGCGAGCACAAGUUCUAAAGGGCAGCUCUCCUACGUGUGGUGGCUGCUGCUGUGAAACACAGGCCAGCGAGGAUGGCGAGAGCGUGGGACACUGCCCUUCCUGUCAGCGGCUCUUCAUGGUCCUCCUCCUCAAGGGCGUGCCCUUCACACUCACCACAGUGGACACUCGAAGGGCACUGGAUGUGCUGAAGGACUUCGCACCAGGCUCACAGCUGCCCAUCCUGCUGUAUGACGGGGAUGCCAAGACAGACACACUGCAGAUCGAGGAGUUUCUGGAGGAGACGCUGGGGCCACCUGAUUUCCCUAGCCUGGCACCCAGGUACAGGGAAUCCAACACAGCAGGCAAUGACAUCUUCCACAAGUUCUCUGCCUUCAUCAAGAACCCGGUGCCGACACAGGACAAUGCCCUGUAUCAGCAGCUGCUCCGGGCCCUGACCAGGCUGGAUAGCUACCUGCGAGCACCGCUCGACCAUGAACUGGCGCAGGAGCCGCACCUCCGUGAGUCCCGCCGCCGCUUUCUUGAUGGUGACCAGUUCACACUGGCUGACUGCAGCCUGCUACCCAAGCUGCACAUUGUGGACACUGUGUGCGCGCACUUCCGCCAGCUGCCCAUCCCGGCGGAACUGGCCUCUGUUCGCCGCUACCUGGACAGUGCGUUGCAGGAGAAAGAGUUCAAGUAUACGUGUCCACACAGCGCCGAGAUCCUGGCCGCCUACCAGCCUGCUGUGCACCCCCGUUAGCACCCCUGCCUCCACACACGCAUCUGCAGCCCCAUAAAGCAUCUCUGCCAAGUAA